AUGGCCCAUCCGCCGGGCCAGACGCCAAAUGGGGAAAUCAUGGUUCGCCUUGGAGAGGUGUUCUGCCGCCUACCUGGCUGUGGGAACCGUCGAGUCGAGUCUGUGCAAAGCCGACUAAGGGAUUCGAAGACCCCUGUAUCGAUGACAGAAGUCGGUCAUAUGCUCCACUCGGAAGUCCAUUGGGGAUACGAGGAGACUUCACAGGCCUAA